AUAUGACGUAAGUACGUACACAGAGACGCACUAGCCGGAGAACGUAGUCGGAGGAAGCAAUUUGUAAACAAGUUUGUCUUCAUAUUUUUUUAUGUAUUAAGACACGUAUCUGAACUGAAAGGACUUCAGAGCGCGAAUAAUUUAUUUUUAACAGCUGGUGAAUUUACGAAUGAUUAUACGAACGCACAAGCUGCUGCUUAGCUUCGUUGUUAUUUUAGCAUGUUAGCUAGUUAGCUGUAAGCAGUGGCAUGCUAUGGAUCCGUUAAGUAUAGUUGUGGAUGAAGUGGCUUUGGAGGGACUGGACGGAAUAACUAUUCCCACUCUGUGGAUACGACUGGAAGUUAGAAAACCUAAAUUCCCCCUCAAGCUCGACGACUGCACCAAGGAGCUCAUCUGGAGGUUCCUAAUCAGCAACAGCGACCUCAAGUUUUAUCAACUCCCGCAGGAGAGAGAAGAUGUGGUUCUGUUUGACAGGUUUAAAGAGAUCGACCCAGAAACAGGCAUUGAAACAACUCACAGGUUUACUGACCCACGCAAAGACGUCUACCCGGUCCAUAUUAUUCUAGAAAACAAGGAUGGGAUACAGGGCUCGUGUGCAUUCUUCAAAGAGAGGACAGAUGUCACUAAGCAAGUCUGCUCCAAAUCCCGCACCCCAUUACUCAACCUACAGGAGGCUCUGGAACGAUAUGGCAGAAAGCUUGUUGUCGUGGCGUCUCAAUUGCUGCGAUUCAGGACCCUUAUUGGAAACGAGAGCGAUCCAGAUUUGAAACUGAACGACGACUCCUACUGUGUGUUGGAGCGAGUGGGUCGAGCUCGAUGGCAGGGAGAGCUGCAGAGAGAUCUGCACGGAUGCUCUUUCAAGAUCGAUGCUCGGAAGUUGCACUACAUGAGGAAAUCUCUAAUCAAAUAUGGACUCAUCAGCAUGCAGUCUCACUGCACACGACUGAAGACAACAGGACAACAGCAACACUCCAUUCUUCUGCUGCUCAAACGCUUCCAUGUAAACAGGAGGUCUAAGUAUGACCUGCUGAUGGAGUUUGUGUCCAACCUCCUCCAGCAAUCCCCGGGUCAGAUGUCCACUUUGAUCACACUCAGAGAACAUAUUAAUGUGGAUGAACCUACCUACAAGCGGGUACUUCAACACAUGCGAUCUGCCAAGUUGAUUGAGUUCUGCCAGUACCCUCUGGAGGACUUGGACCCCGGAGCUGGACCCUGCACCAACAAAAAAGGGAAUAAAGUACUUGUGCGCUGCUUGAAACUGUUGAAGCCGUACACGAGAAAGGGCGUCACUGAGGAUGACGACGAUGAGGACGAGGACGAAGAAGAUGACACAGGAGCGACAAGAAGAGCUCUGCCUCCACAGGGACGGAUCAUGGAGGAGGAUGUCCUGACACAGGCUUAUCACAUCGUGGCAUCUUCUGGUACAAAGGGAAUCGCACAGAGAGGGAUCGGGCUUCGGAUGAACGUCGGUAAGCUGGAAUCUCGUAUGAUCUGCAGAAGACUGGAGAGGGAUGGAGCGAUAAAGGGGUUCAUGGAGGACGAAGGCCGGCAGAGGACGACAAAAUAUAUCAGCCACAAAAGUGUUGGUGUGAGCGAUCGACUCAAGAUGUUUGCUAAAGAACAGGAGCGGACGAAGCUUCUUUGCUCUUCCUCACCACAGACAUCAGACGCUGCUCCGCCGACUCCUGCCACACCGGCAGCAUCGAGAGCAAAAGACAAGUCCAAACCUCCUGCAGCAAAGAAGGCUCGAAAGGCAGGUGGAAGAGGAAACAAAGAUGCCGAAGAGGCUGGGCAGAAGUGCGGUGAUGGAGAAAUGGAUACAGGUGAAGACGUGGAGGGAGCAGGAGGUGAAGCAGGAAGAGAAAGAACGGCGGCAGAAGCAAGUUUGGAAACUAAUCAGAUACAACCUGUGAUCCCCACUGAACAAACCACUCAGGCAGAAAAACAAGAUGGAGUUGAGGUGGAUGAAUCCAACUCAAAUUCUGCCUCCGCUUUGCCUCAGAGUGAUUCCUCGAAUGAAGCCAGUAACACAGUGGACAACAAAAUCGUGCUUGUCAAAGAUGUUUGCAAGCCACAGAUCCGGCCGCCUAAAAAAUACAAAAGGGCUUGGGAGAGGUCUCAUGAGACGUACCGCCUGUUGAGGAGGAAGAACCUGAUCGUUGAGGCGGUCCGCAGCUUCAAAGUCAUCGAGGGUCUUUUCCCGCUGCAGAAGAUCAUCAAUGAUGAGGAGAAGCAGGACGGAGUCAGCUCAAAGUGCUGCAGGAAGACUAUUCUACGUCUGGUGGACAGUCUGUCCAGAGAAGGCUUACUGAAGGUUUACAAGACCACUGUCAUACAGGAUGGGAUCACCAAGAACCUUGAGAUGGUCGUUCAUCCGUCUGUUCAGCCCAACGAUGACAUAGUGAGUCGAGUCAUUGAACAGGUCCGCUUCAAAAUCUCCAGCUCUUACACAGCUAUACGUCUGCAGCACGCCGAAGAGAAAGCCAGAGAUCAAGCUAAAUGGUCUGAGGAGAUGACCGGCUGCUCUUCUAAAGCCCUAAAGAAAAAAGAGGACAGCAAAGCCGACGAGUUCAAGCCCACAACAGUUCGAGGUUUGGGGAAGUCCUUUGGCUUCCAGCCCAAGAUGCACCGUCUGCGCCUUGUUCAUAACUUCCUCUGGUACCUGAUAUACGGACACCCGCUCAGACACAACUCCACCGACUCCCACCCGACAAGCCAGACACCGGUAGACCUGCAGAGGUCUGAUCCUGACCCCAAACAGCCAGAAAACCCUGAGAAACAGGAUCUGAAAGACUGUGUGGAGCCACAAACUGCAGACGCUGCUUCGGCUAGCUUGGAUCUGACGUCAUCAGGCGAUGAAGAGGAGGAGCUGAAGGAUAAAGCUACAACGGGUCACUCUCAGUCAGAUUUGAAGGUGUAUGUUGAUGAAGAGUCAUGGAAGAGGUUUGUUCCUCCUGUUCGUGUGCACAAGGAGUUUGGCAGCGGCUGGGCGAUGGUGGGAGACCUGCUUCUCUGCCUUCCUCUCUCCAUCUUCAUUCAGGUCAUACAGAUCAAUUAUAAGGUGGAAGGUCUGGAGGAUUAUCUCAACAACCCUGUGAAGCAACAUUAUCUUAUCCGAGCGCUGCCCGCCAGAAUGAAGAGACAGCUGCUUUAUAAACGGAAAUACAUCUUCUCAUUUCACGAGAACCUGCAGAAGUUGGUCUACAUGGGUCUGUUGCAGUUUGGUCCUGUGGAGAAGUUCAAGGAGAAAGACCAGGUGUUUCUGUACCUGAUGCGCAAUGCCACCAUUGUUGACACCACCAACACUGAGCCUCACUACUGGCUGGUCACAGCGCCUCCUGACAAACCGUUCGAGAGGCGCCAGUACACGUUAAACACCGCUGAAGACGUAGAAAACUACUGGUUCGACCUGAUGUGUGUCUGCCUCAAUACACCACUGGGGGUAAUCCGCAGUAAGAGAAAUGUCACAGACGAAGAAACGGCUCCUUCCUUUGUGCAUGAGCGCAGCGUGUUCGUAGGAUUGGCAUACCUGCUGAAGGGCAGUCGAGAAGUAGCUGACAACGGGUCGAUACCAGGAGACGGUAAAGGAGCAGGAGGGCUGGACUCUGAGUUCUUUGGUCAUCUGAAACGCAACUGGUUGUGGACCAAUCACCUUCUCUCUGUCAAAACGACGCCAAGUGGUUUAGAGGCGAAGGAGAACAAAAUCAGACUGAAGAGCCUGCUGAGUAAAAAUGCUCUCAGGAUUGCACUUAAAGCUGGAGGAAGCACGACACCUCGUUAUGUGACUACCAAGCUGCCACAAAUAGCAGAAAGUGUUGAGGUGUCUAUUGAGCCUGCGUCCAGAAACCAGCAAGUGGUCGGAGGAAAGAAACAGAAGAGGAAAAGAAGCAAAAAGGAGGUGGUCAAGGCCCCACGCAAGAAGAAGAAAGAGCCAAAGAAACGCACCCCGGCCCACGACGAGGCGGACCACCGAGCUUUGAAAAGGAUGACCAGACAGAGAGUCCUCUGGUCUCUACAGGAGGACUCUCUGAUGAUGCUCUGCAGCGUGGCCGCACACCUACUCAACAGCAAGUUAAAAAGGCCGUUCGUGCCGUACUGCGUGGUGAGAGACCUGCUGCACGCAGAGUUUGAGAUAUCGAUGGAUAAAACAUCGGUCGCUGUCGGGCGUCGCACGCGAUACAUCCUCAAAAAUCCUCAGACGCUUCUGAACUACAGGAUCUGUCUGGCCGAGGUGUACCAGGACAAACCUCUGAUGAAGCUGCUGGAGGCGAAGAAACCUGCAGAUCCAAACAGUCCAGAGGAUUGUGGUAAAUCGUUCUCCCAGUAUGUCCGGCUGCUCAGACAGAAGUUCAGCUCUGUUCUUCUGAGCGGUCACGAUUUGAUCAUGCCUGACACAAAGCAGCAGCUCUUCUCACGAUUUAAGGUCUCUGCAAUAGAAAAUGCAAACCGGGUGUCUUGGAAAGACACUCUCAACUGCACAGACGACAUUCAUGCCAUAGUGUUGCAUAACUUGAUCCAGAGCACUCUGGCCAUGACCAACAGUCAGAUGAAGUCAUCCAGAUCCUUUCAGACCUUCCACAUGUACAGUAAGUAUAACCAGGAGCUGCUCUGCCAAGUGUUCAUACAGUGCAGGAAGAGAGGUCUGGUCAACCGCCGGCGUGUCAAUCAGCCGUUUGGGCCGAAGAAGAACCGAGCGCUGCCCAUCCUGCCCAUGUCCUACCAACUGUCCCAGUCCUACUACAGGUGUUUUUCGUGGCGUUUUCCUCACUCGCUGUGCACCGAUGCCUUCCGCUUCCUGCGGGGUCUGAUUGAUAAUGGGGCGAGUGAUGAUAGACCCCUCACUUUGUUCUACCACGAAACGGAGAACAGGUCAGAGAACGGCGAUGAAGAGUCGGUGAAAAAAACUGGGUCAGAGAAGAAAAAGAAACAAAGUGCAAAGACGGAAGAUGGAGGGAAAAUGGCUAGCGAAGCAGAGGUACAAGCAGAGCAGGCAAACGGCGACUCCACAAAGGGAGCAGAGGACGACCAGAGUAAAACGGGAGGAGAAGAGAAGUUGAUGGAGGAGAACAAGGAGAAAACGGAGGCGGCAAGUAAAGCAGAUGAACAGAAAACCCAAGAGGAUUCCCUGGCAAGUGGUCCUGGUGAAGAUCCAUCCAGCAGAGAGGAGACGAGAGAAGAAGAUGUGUCGGACAUGCUGCGCUUCCCUCUGGACUCUCCAGGUGGAUCCUGUGUGGUCGCUCUCAGCCUGAUGUCUCUGGGACUGCUCAGUGUGUACACCUCCAUCCCCAAACAGAUGGUGGUGGUGGACAGCAACCUGGUGGACAAUGAUGUCGUCAAGAGUAUGGCCGCUCUGGAAGACGAGGACGAUGAUGAUGACGAUGACGGAGACGAGUGUGAUGGGAAAAAAAGAAUGGAAGUGAAGGCACAUCAAGCGUCGCACACCAACUACCUGAUCAUGCGCGGAUACUGCUUUCCUGGCAUUGUGAAAAUGCGUAACCUCAACACCACUGAUAACAUCGUGGUGGAGUCGUGUGUUAUGAAGUUGAAGCUGCGUAGCACGCCUGCUCACAACCUGUUCAGCAUGGAGAACUCUCUGUCUCCACCACUGGACUUGACUAAAUGCGGUCCGACCCUGCUGCCCUCCAUCCUCACCCGCUCCAUCCGCACCUCCUCGGCCUCUCUAGAGAGGUUGAAGGAGUGUGACGAGCGUUUGGUUCAGCAGAGAGGAUACACUCCUCAGGACAUCGAAGCAUGUGCUCAGGUCAGGAGGAGCUUGGAUGCAGCCGGUGAGAACGGCUUGAAUAUACAUGACCUCUACCAGACUCUGUCUCACCUGGUGGAGCUGCAGGCUGGACGCACCAGGAGACUGCAGCAGUACAUGAAGGAGCUACAAGAAGAGGAGCAGGUGUUGCAGGUUGGGGGUAAGGGUGUCCGUUGGGUGCUCUUGCAGCACUCUGAGCCGUGGCUGCUGACUGUCAACACCAAGCAGUGGUCUCAGUCACGCUUCACAUCAGACAAACUCCCCUUUCUGGAGAAGCAGCACAACAUCUUCAGGCGCAUGAGACCCAGGCGAGAAGUCAGACGCGACUCGGAGGAACCACCGGCAAAGAGAAUAGCUCUGGACACACAGCAGGGCGAGGAGGGACAGGAGGUAGAGGGGUUGGCGAGGGGUGAAACAAGAAAGGGAGGAGGGAAUGAGGAAGAACAGCUGGAGAUGCAGAAAGAGAAGGUGGAUGAGGGAAAUGGAGACAAACUGUUGAACUUGGAAGAGGAGGGAGGAAAGCAGAUGCAACCUGAAGACAAAAGAGAGGAAGAGGCAGAAAAGGAGGAGAAGAUAGAAACUGAGGAGAGACAAGAAGAAGAGAAAGAUCAAGGGGCAGACAACAGAGAUGAUGAACGACAGGAAGAAGCAUGCUCUCUUCCAACCAAACCAGCUCAGACUGAUAAUGACGGAGAUGUGAGUUUCAUCAGCCGGCCGUGGCGCAUGGUAGACGGCAAUCUGAACCGGCAGGUGUGUAAAGGCAUGCUGGAGGGCGUUCUUUGCCACAUCAUGCAUCGACCUGGAAUCACGCAGCAGUCACUGGUGGAACAUUACAAGAACGCUUUGCAGCCGAUGGCGCUGCUGGACGUGGUGCAGGCACUCAUCGACAUGGGCUGUGUGACGAGGAAAACACUGGUUAAAGCUCCUAAACCUUUGCUGUUCAGCUGUUCCGUGCGCCAGAAGAGCAGUGAGACGAGAGUAAAAGUUGAUGAACCGGACGCCGUGUUUUAUGAGCCGACCAUCAGCUGCUGCCUGCGGCUCAGUCAGAUGUUACCAAACGAACGUCACUGGAACUGUUGUCUACCGUGAACGUAACCACAGGCCUGGCCUGCUAUCACAUUACGUAUAUAACAUGGUUUUUGAAGUUUGAGCCAAUAGUUUAAGCAACAACUGUUGUGAUAAACCUAAAAAAAUAUAUCUUACAAAAAUGUUUACAUGUCAUCAGGUUCUUUUGACAGAUUUCCCUUCUGGUUUUACAGAACAGGGAUCCGUUGUAGGUUUUUUUCUUCAUGUUUUUUUUGUUAAGGUUCACACUACCCGACUUUAGCCCUGAUUUUCCUUUCGUUAACAGUUUUUGGUGCAACAUGACAAAAGCCCGGGAUCAGAGUCCAAUCUGCGAUCGCUGCCAUGAGCAAAGAUGGACAUUUGUGAACUGUUCAAAGACACAAUUCCUCAUAUCUAGCAUGCUAAAUAUGUGGAUCCGUCGGGUAGACACAGCCAAUGAGACGGCAAGACACAGAUUCACAAGAUAAAUAUUGGCCACCGUGGUGGCAGUGUGUGUGUUUUAAGAUAGAAAAAAAAAUGAGAAGGUGAAAGAAAGACGAUUGUACACAAUGCUGCUGCAGUAAUUAAUCAUUUAUUCAGAACAUUAUUUGGUCACUUUUUCACCAAAACAGCCGAAAACGCCAAUAUUUUCUUGUAAGCUGGAACUAAAGACUGAAAGCUCAACCCGCCAGCCCCACAGGUCGACCCACAUCACCAUAGUUGAGCCACUCAUCAACAUACUGUAAAUGCUCAUUGAUGAUUCCUCCUGGUGAAGGAUCUUGUAGUGCGCAGCCAGUCAGUCACGUAGAGUAAAUUCCACAACGACUUCAAGACAGCAAAGUCGGGUAGUCUCAACUACGCAUUACUCUGUUUUGUAUGCCAAAUAAUUAAAAAUUGUUAAUAAAAGUGCAUUAUUUUA